UCAAAGUGAGUUGUUAAAGUCAGGCAGUCUACAAACAGUGUGCAUGUACAUUUAACUUCUUAAUUUAAUGUUUCUUUAUUUUGCCUUCAGUUUGGGCAUGUGUCUCCUCACCUCACCUUCAGUGUCUGUUCCACAGCAGAAAUAAAGGACCCUCUCAUCGAUGGCCAUGCUGUGGUCAAAAAUCUCCACUGUUCUGCCUCCUAAUGAGGAGCAGUUCCCGCUGCAGUUCAGUGACAAAGUGGAGUCAAGUGUGGUGGACAUGCUGAAACGUUCCAGGCAGCAGCUGUACAGUGGCGACGCUACAUCCUCCAGUCAUAUGCUCAACGCUCAGAUCAUUUUGGACAUUUCAUGGGAGAAACUGAACACAGGAACGUGGCGGGACGUGGACAAAGAUUGGAGACGUGUUUAUUCUUAUGGCUGCUUGUUCAAAGUGGCCGCUCUGUGUCGUGAAGAUUCGUCAGAGGACAAAAUUGUGCAGGCCAUCAGGACUUGUGACAUGGGGUUACUCAUGGGUGCGGCCGUCAUGGAUAACAUACUUCAGGUUCUGGUCCAGAUUUUGCAGGGGGAAGUUAGGAAACCCCCAAAAGAGGAAGAUGAAAGUGAACACACAAACAUCAAGAGAAUAAAGAUUGAGUGCCCACAUGUUCCUGUGAUCAAAGAAGAGUUUGCAGUUCCCAGAAUAAAAUGUCCUUCACUGGAGAGCUUCAGGACAAACUACCUACUCCCCCUCAAACCAGUUAUUUUAGAAGGGAUCAUCGAUCACUGGCCUGCCCUCAACGAACACCCCUGGAGCAUAGAAUACUUGAGGUCUGUCGCUGGUUGCCGGACUGUCCCUGUCGAAGUGGGAUCCAGGUACACGGACGAGGAAUGGUCACAAACCCUUCUGACAGUCAAUGAAUUCAUUGAUCGAUACAUUUUAAAUAAAAUGAAAAUCUCAAAGGAUGGAGAGAAAGGUGUGGGUUAUCUCGCUCAGCACCAGCUUUUUGAUCAGAUACCAGAGCUGAAGGAAGACAUCCGCCUCCCUGAUUAUUGCUGUCUUGGUGAAGGAGAUGAAGAUGAUAUCACUGUGAAUGCGUGGUUUGGGCCCAGAGGCACAGUGUCUCCUCUCCACCAGGACCCUCAACAGAACUUCCUGGCGCAGGUAGUGGGAAGCAAAUACAUUCGUCUAUAUUCCCCAGAGGACACAGAAAAGCUUUACCCUCAUCAAUCAAAGCUCCUUCACAAUACCAGUCAGGUGGAGGUGGAAAAUCCAGAUACGGUGCAAUUCCCAGAGUUUGCAAAGGCUCCGUUUCUCGAAUGCGUGCUACAGCCUGGAGACGUGCUGUUCAUCCCUGUCCAACACUGGCAUUAUGUCCGAUCCUUAGAACUCAGCUUCUCUGUCAGCUUCUGGUGGUCAUGAUUGCAGAUUCAUAAUUAAAAAAUACAA